AUGGAUACUGCACUAACAGCUCUAAAAGGAGAAAUUAAUCGUCUCGGUUUUGUUUCAGAGCUACCAAGCAUGGAUACUGCACUAACAGCUCUAAAAGGAGAAAUUAAUCGUCUCGGUUUGGCUUCAGACGAAAAAAUACAAGUUGAUGCACAAGCUUGCCUUGAUAGUUUAACAGAGGAUGAUGAGAAAUGUGGUUACUUGAGGUUUCUAAUCUCUGCGCCUGAGCCUCAAGGUAUACCAACCAAUGAAACCAUCAAAAAUAUUCUUCGUGAAUCAAUUUCAAAAUUUGACAAUACCUCGGAUGGCGUUCCCAAUAUUUCGUGCAUUACCACUAAAGUGGAUGUAUGCACUACCGCAAAGAUGCACUACCGCAAAGAAGAAUCAACAGCCAAACAACGACUCUCGUUUUUACUUAAAAACAAACAACUCGCAAAACAUCUCUCAGCACUGAGUGUAAAUAGUACUAGCAAGAAAGAAGUGUGGAUAUACUACCACAAAGGUGAUUACUUGAAAGUCUUACAAGCGAGAAAAGUCAAAGGAAAGAAUAACGGGAUAAAGUCAGCAGUAAAAAAAAUAAAAGAAGAAACUUUGAAGAAACAACUCGCGAAUAGCGGUAGCAAGAAAGAAAUGUGUGAAGAAAUAAUCAUAUAUCGAUAUGUAGAUCGUUAA